AUGCAACGAACAAAACGACCAGUUGACGACGACAAUGUUCAAAAUUCCACUAAUUAUAAAAAACAAAAAUUACAAAAUGAAAUAACCACAAUCGAUCGAAACAAAUUCGUUGUCGAAGAUUUAGCAAAUGAAAUUUUUUAUGAAAUAUUUGAAUAUCUUGAUGUACAUGAUAUCUACAAAGGUUUUUUCAAUCUUAAUCGACGUUUUAAAAAUUUAUUAAUUUAUUCAAAUUUUUUACGUCAAAUAAAUCUUUCUAACAUAUCGAAAAAUGAUUUUGAAAAUUAUUAUCACAAUAUUCUUAAACCAUAUAGCCAUCGAAUAAAAUUACUUCGCUUAUCAAAUCCAUUUAUUGCCGAGAUUAUAUUUUCACCACCACGUAUGAUGUUACAAUUUAAUCGUCUUGAAAUAUUAAUUCUUGAUAAAAUAGGAAUGAAAUUUUUCGAUAAAAUUUCAUUUUUUUUAAAGCAAUUACCGAAAUUUCAUUCAAUAACUAUAUCAUUUGGUGAUUAUAUUCAAUCAUUGGAUAGUUUUUUUUCUAAUCUAUUUCAUUUAUGGAAAUUAAAAUAUUGUAAAAUUGUAUAUGAAACGAAACCUUUGUGCUAUCCAUCUCUUAUGUAUUUGAGUAAAUAUAAUUCUAAUACAAUUGAAUAUUUAAUAAUACAUGGUCGUUUUGCAUUUGAAUCAUUGAAUAGUUUAUUAUGUUGUCUUCCUAAACUUCGUUAUUUAUUGAUUAAUCAUCUUGGUCAUAAUUAUGGUUAUAUUGAAACAAAAGAUUUAUUACCAAUUAAAUUAAAAUAUUUAAAACAUGUUUCGCUUGAAUUCGAUCGUAUUUGUUUUGAUGAAGUUGAAAAAAUUUUUAAAACCUUCUUUUAUUACAUUGAAAUUUUACGUCUUACAACAAACAAUGAUCAAGCUUAUUUAAAUGCUAAACGUUGGGAAAAUGUAAUUGGAUCUUAUAUGCCAUAUUUACGUAUAUUUGAUAUCAAUCAUCGAAAUUAUACGUUAGAUAAUAAUUUAACAUAUCAUGAUGUGACAGAACAAUUUAAUUCAUCGUUUUGGAUUAAAAAAAAUUGGUUUUUUACACAUCAACAUGAUUGGAGGAAACGUUUAAAUGCUGGCAUUUUUUAUUCAACAGAUCCAUAUCGACGAAAAGAUUAUGAAUUUCAUUGGGAAAUCGAUGAAGAAAAUUGUUCAAAUUUUCAAGAAAUGAAUUUGCAUUCAGUUCAACAUGUUUUGAUUUGUAGUAAACAAAUAAAAAAUAUUUGUUUAAAUUAUUUUCCAAAUGUUACUCAAUUGACUAUUCAAAAUUAUUUUCAAACAUCUGAUGUUUCAAUUAUAACAACUCUUAAUCGUAUAAUGCCUUUAGAGCAAUUGAAGAAAUUAUCAAUUGGAUCCAAUGAUUUUCCAUUUGAAGAGAUUGUGAAAUUAUUACGUUGUACACCGAAUUUAUGUGAAUUAAGAUUAGGUUUACUACCUAUGAAGGAAACAGAUCUACAAUUGAUUAAACAAAGUGAACAUUUUCAAUAUAUAUCAAAGACAAAUAAAAUAAACUAUUUAGAUAUUCGUCAAUUGUGUACAUUAAAUCAAAUGCAAUUGAUUAUUAAAUUAUUUCCACAAUUAGAAUAUCUUAAAACCCGUAUGAAACGAAAAGAAAUUGGACUAAUAACGAAAUAUUUAGUAUUGAAAACAAAUAAAAGAGCACAACAUUUAUUCUCAUUAUGUAUUUCAGAAGUACCCAAAAUAUGUUUAAAAGAAUUAAAGAUUUUAAUUCAAUCAGAAAAUUUACUUAAUGAUUAUUUUAUUAGAUUUAUUAAUCGUGAUUUACAUUUAUGGUGGUAG